AUGCGACCUGUCGAUGGCAAGUAUGCCUUCAAAUAUGAUGAGGCUGAGCAAGUCUAUCGAAAUGUCAUGGCAAACGAAGGCCUUCUAGACAAUCCUAGGCCCCCAUUCUAUGAUGGGCUCAAGGGCCGAACCAUGACCCAUCUGUUUGAAUACAUGGCCGAUAAAUUUGGAGACAAAGAUUCAAUGGGUUGGAGAGAUAUCGUUAAAGUACAUAAGGUCGAAAAGCAAUCAGCCAACCCUGAAGAAAAGCCAAAGACGUGGAUGACUUAUGAACUCUCUGAUUAUAAAUGGAUGACAUACCGUCAAGCCAAGGACUAUGCUGAUCAAAUUGGUUUAGGUCUCAAACGUCUCGGCGUCGAUAAGGGUGACUGUAUCCUGAUUUUCGCCAGUACCAGUGUCUCGCUUAAUCCGCAUGGAUUAGUCCUGAAUGGCUCCUUACAUCACAUGUCAAUUACUAUUGUGACAGCAUACGACUCCAUGGAUGAGAAAUCAAUCGCACAUAUCCUCAAGGAGUCUGCUCCUAAAGCGAUUUUUGCUGAUUCAAAUACUCUGCCUGUCAUCUGCAACCUUAUGCAGAAGGAUAGCCAUGACAUCAAAACAAUCAUAUAUAGUGGGCAAGAUUCAGAAGUGAAGGAAUCUACUACUAAGCUUGAAAAUAUUCAGAACCGUUCCUUUAAAUUGGUACAUAUCGAUGAAUUGAAGGUUGGUCAGGAUAAGGACAAACUUAAGGCCAGCUACCCAGAUGAAGGCGACAUCGCAUGCAUUAUGUAUACAUCUGGAUCAACUGGGCAGCCUAAAGGCGCACUAUUGACUCAUGGCAACCUAAUGGCCUCUAUUGCAAGUGCAGCUGCUUUAGUGGGCGACCAACUCAAUGAAGAAGAUAUCGUGUUGUCUUAUCUACCUCUAGCACACGUACUAGAGUUUGUUAUUUCGCAUUUUUGCUCCUCAAUGGGAUGUCGCCUCGGCUUCGGUCGUGCCAGGACCUUAAUGGAUGACGCUGUUGCGCCUACAUCAGGUAGCAGACAAUCUAAAGGCCUUGGGGACUUGAAAGCGCUCAGGCCAACGCUGAUGGCUGGUGUCCCCACGAUCUGGGAGCGUAUCAGGAAAGGUAUUAUUGCCGAGGUCAACAAACAGCCAUUACCCUUGCGUAAGCUGUUCUUUGCAGCACUUAAUGCAAAAUGGGCCAUUGUUCAGGCAACAGGAUCGGAGAAUGCUGUCACUAGGGCGCUUGACGUGGCUGCCUUUAGUAAGCCAAGAGAGCUGGUGGGUGGACGACUUCGUCUUGCUCUAACAGGAGGUGCUGGCAUUAGUGACGAAACACACCGUUUCUUGAGUAUGGUCAUGUGCUAUGUUAUCUCUGGAUAUGGUCUCACCGAAGUCUGUGGCGUUGCAGCCGUAACUAUACCUUCCAUGGGACAUCGAUUGAGAACUGUGGGUCCACCUGCACCCAGUCUGGAGCUCAAACUAGUUGAUGUUCCUGACACAGAAUAUACAGGGGAAAACGGAACAGGGGAGAUCUGGCUCCGUGGUCCAUCCGUGAUGAGAGGCUACCAUAAACUCGAUGAUGAGACAGAGAAGGUGAUGACAAGCGAGGGAUGGUUCAAAACAGGUGAUAUUGGUACCAUGAAUGCUGAUGGCACUCUGUCGAUCAAAGAUCGUAUCAAGAACCUGGUCAAGUUGUCGCAUGGCGAGUAUGUUGCGCUUGAGAAGUGUGAGGCAAUUUAUCGUGACUCGAAGGAUAUCAAGAGCAUCUGUAUUGUUGCGGACAACGGAAGUCCUGCCCUGAUUGCCGUUGUGGAACCAAGUCAUCAAGGAGCCAGAAAUGAUGAGAUCCUCAAAGCACUCAAGGCAGUAGCCAAGUCUGGAGGUCUGUCCAAGCCCGAAACAAUUCAAGGAGUGAUUGUGGAUGAUUCGGACUGGACUAAGAAUGGUUUUAUGACUUCGAGUGGCAAGAUCAAGCGACGAGAGGUCAAGAAGGCCCAUGAAAAGGAGAUUGAGGAGAUCUUGAGUCAGUUUUAA